UGUGUUUUUGUGACGCACGAGUCAGGUGCUCCCUCUAAUAGCGUGAGGAGCUGUCCGUGGUGCUGAGAACAACACUGACUCUGUGAGGCACAGAGAUGCUCAGCUCCCUACAAACCAACUAAUUACAAAGGCGUCACCAUGCUGUCACUCCCAGAGACCUUCACCAGGAGCAAACUCUUCCUCAUUUGUUUUACCAACCUCCCCCUAAUCCUCCUCUUCCUAAAUUCCUCUAGUGUUCAUGGGGUGCCACUCAGAGAGCGCAAACUGUGGGGAAGUGAAUCAGGCUACCAGAGAGGAAGUGUCCCCCUGGCUCCUAACGUUGACAUGAUUAAAGCCUUGGAGUACAUCGAGAGCCUCCGUCAGAGAAGCGGCACAGACUCCCAGCAGCACAGCCCUCUCUCUGCGGGCUACGAUGCCAACCACAUGGAUGAUGCAGAGAAGCUACGUGCAAUGCUGAGACUGGCUUCUAACCCUACGCAGGGUAAAGAUGAAGAUGAGGAAGAAGAGGAAGGAAGGGAGGACAAGAGUGAAGAGCUGCUCCAGGCCGUGCUCAGCACACUCCAGCAGACAGAAAAGGCAUCCAAGCUAGAUUCACUUCACCCAAGUGCAGAAGGAGAAGGCAUAAAGGACAGCGUGUAUCCCAGGGUGCAGCAGAAGCAACAGGGCAUCCCGCUCCACAAGAAGCUGCCGCUAAUGUUCGAGGAUGAGGAGGAGGGUGAGGGGGGUGAGGAAGGGGAGGAUGAGCGGCCAGGUAAAGAGCAUGAGAGCCACUUCAAACGCACCAAUGAGAACGUGGAGGAGAAGUAUACACCUCAGAAUCUGGCAACGCUACAGUCUGUGUUCGACGAAAUGGACAAGCUGACUAGUGCCAAGACCAUGCACAAGCGCCAAGAUGAGGAAGAUGACAUGGAGAAUGAGGACGAGGAGGAGGAAGAGGAUGAUGAUAUGUUUAAGGUGAGGAAUGUGGCGUACGAUGACGUAGGAGGGGACGUCGCACUUGACUGGGGUCCACUGCAAGAACGGGAGGAGGAAGAGGAAGAGGAGGGGGGUGAUAAACAUGAUAUUGACCGAGGGCUUGAUUAUGUUGACGACAAUGACGAAGAAGUGCAUGACGAUGAUGAAGAGGAGGAGGAUGAAGGUUACCCAGUCAAGAGGUCAAACGAUCCAGACGAUGUUGCCAACCUAGUGGACUAUUACCUUCUGAAAGUGCUGGAGAAAACAGAGGAAGAAGAGCAGAAACGAGAGAUAGAGGAAGAGGAGGAGAAGCAGAGGACUGAGAGGAGAGCAGCUCAGACACAGUACAGAGACGACAUAUUCCCACGAACCAUCUACGAGUUCAUUCAGAUCUCCCAAAAAUACCAGAUCCCACCUGAAGACCUGAUGGACAUGCUCAAAACUGGUGAAAUGAUGAAUCAAAUCAAGUCACAAAAGAUGAGCAAAUUAAACAGAGCACAAAACCUGCUCUCUCAGAUAUCCAGCAAGAAGAUACACAAGAUUCCUGAGGCUACAUUCUACAGCAGACGCCUGCCCGACACUCACAAAUCCCCAGAGGAGCUGAGGACAGAGGAAAUCCUCAAAAUCCUGGGGUUAGGGGCCACGGACGACCGAGCUCCUGUCAGAACGCAGAAGCAGUACAAGAGCUCGCUGUCACGACUUCACACUCAGCCUGCGCGAGGUUUGGGGGAAUCCACUCCCACGCAGCGGCGCUUUCCCAGCACAUUAAAGAACAACUACGACAACACCAUGGCUGAGGAUGAGCUGGCAGCGUAUUUGGCAGCUCAGAUGCCGGCACAGUAUCUGAACCCCACGUACAGCAGAAGCAGCAAGUCGAGCCAGAAGCGUGACGAGGCUGGACAGAGCAUGACGGGCUCUUUUGAACAGGCCAUACAAGACUAUUUUGGUCACAUGGACUCAGAUAAAAGCCCGAAUGAAAAGAGACAGUCUGAGGACACCGAGAGGGGAGGGGGCACGCAAAUGCAAGACUUUGAAAAUGAGGCCGUGAUGAAACUGCUGAGCUACCUGAACCCAGAAACUGAAGAAAGUGAUAAAGAUGGGAAAAGUGUCCAGGGAUAUAAAUAAAGCUGUAAAUAUAUAUAUGUAUGUAAGUAUGUAUGUACAGGGAGAGAAUGAUAACAUAAAGAUGCCGUCAAAUUCAGUUAUUAUGUAGGUUUACAAAAGUUAUUUAUUAGCAGAAAUAUGAGUGGUCUGACAUUCAUUGUUAUUCAUUUGAGGUUUGUUUUUUUAAAUGUUCAUCAACAGCACUUAACAUCAAGUACGUGACUCACCAGCCUCACAUUUCAACACACACACACACACACACACACACACACACACACACACACACACACACACACACACAAUCAGUGUUGCAUCCCUAAGAUUCACUUGUGUUUAUCUUUAUUUUUUGUUAAUUGUUUCUCAAAUGUGGCCAUAUGUGACAAAUCUGAGGUGAAUAAAGCAUUGACUUUA